CCUCUUGGCUCUUUUGGAUGUCACGCGUCAGCUCGCCCCGUUGACCUCCACGUCGCUCGUCGCAACCAAAUCAUUCCUCUCCUUCUCUCGGAGGCUGCUGCUCAGAAGAUGUGAUAUACAGUAUAUCGUCGCCGUGUCUUUGAUUCCCUCCCAUCGCUCAAUUCCCCUCCAAACCUGAGUUUGCUGCAUCCGACCCUGCAUACACUUCGUCGCUCAACGGAAUAACAACGCAUAUCGAAUCCCACAUUCCACAAAGAUGGCUCCCGCAAACAUCCCCCCUGCUACCGACAGCGCAAACGCCGGUCUCGCCGAACUAACCCCUCACGAACGAGACGAUCUCGUCAAGGACACCGACACCUUCAUUGCAUCCCUCUCCCCGACCGAUAUCCACCAAAAACUCCAAGCCGACCAAGCACUCCUCGACAGCUACUGGGCUGAUGACGAGAAUUGGAGUUACGGCGUGUUUUAUCACUGCAAGGACGACCCGAGGUGGCUGGUCCCGAAACGCAUAAAGUCUAUGGGUUGGACGAUCAACUUUGCGUCGAGUUCGGAUAGGGCGAGGGAGUUUAGGCAGGCUAAUCGCUUGCUCAAAAGGGCUGCGGCAAAGGUGAAGGCCAGCGAGUAGAUGUGACAGACGAGGGGCCAUAGCCAGCCCAGCCUAUACUUCAAAUUUCGUAAAGAGACAGCGUAUGGCCGAGUCAUAAAAAUAGUGCACAAACGAUAGUUAGCUCUUUCGCGCGGGCGACUUUGCAAAAGGGGAAUGUCGAUAACUCUCAAAGCCAGCAUGAAGAGACAGGGCAGAAGGCGCUCCAUACACCUCAGAAAAUGGUCAAGGGUGUUGUAAACCGAUGUUUAUGCCUCCACUGUAUAGUUCCGGGUAGCGUUUUGCUGUGGCCCAGCAGUGAGUUCUUAGGGAAAAAAGAAACUAAAAGGCUUCGGCUUUCACAUAACG